AUGGCUAACUUACGUACUCAAAAGAGACUUGCCGCUUCUGUCAUUGGUGCUGGUAAGAGAAAGGUUUGGUUGGACCCAAACGAAACCUCUGAGAUUGCUCAAGCCAACUCCAGAAACGCCAUCAGAAAGUUGGUCAAGAACGGUACCAUUGUCAAGAAGGCUGUUACCGUUCACUCUAGAUCCAGAACUAGAGAACAUGCUCUAUCUAAGAGAAACGGUCGUCACACUGGUUACGGUAAGAGAAAGGGUACUAAGGAAGCUCGUCUUCCAUCCCAAGUCGUCUGGAUCAGAAGACUACGUGUCUUGAGAAGAUUGCUUGCUAAGUACCGUGACGCUGGUAAGAUCGACAAGCACUUGUACCACGUUUUGUACAAGGAAGCUAAGGGUAACGCCUUCAAGCACAAGAGAGCUUUGGUUGAACACAUUAUCCAAGCUAAGGCUGAUGCUCAACGUGAAAAGGCUUUGAGCGAACAAGCUGAAGCUAGAAGAAUGAAGAACAGAGCUGCUCGUGAGAGAAGAGCCCAAAGAGUCGCUGAAAAGAGAGAAGCUUUGUUGAAGGAAUCUGCUUAA